ACCUCCCCAGCCCCCGUUCAGACCAAACGGCAGCCUCGCCGCGCCGCAUGCCCUUAUCUACCAAUGGAAUGCAACAGCUGUGCGGGGGAGCGGCAGGGUGGGCUGGCUGAAACCCCCCUGCCAGACCCCCGCACAGCCUCCCCCCCACCCUCUCCACCUCCAAGCGACGUGCCGGGCUCCUGAAAGGCAGCUCAACUAAAAAGUGAGCUAGACACAGUGAGAGACUCGGCAGGGCUGCUGCACAUUCAAAAUAGAGUCAGAGGGAGGGAAGAGAGAGGGAGAGAGAGAAGGAGAGUCAGGGACAGGCAGUGCUGUAAAGGAGAGCACAAAGAGAAGGAAAGUGGAGCAGGGGAGGGGAACAGGAGGCUGGGUGAAGGGAGAGGGAAAGACAAAAGAAGGAGAGGGGAGACAUAGCAGGGUGAACGGAGGGGACUGAGCAAAUGGCUACGGAGGAGACGGCGGGGGGAGCCAGGAAAGCCACCAAGAGCAAACUGUUUGAGUUCCUGGUCCAUGGAGUGCGUCCUGGCAUGCCGUCUGGAGCAAGGAUGCCCCACCAGGGAGCUCCAAUGGGCCCCCCCGGCCCACCGUACGGAGGGAGCCCGGCGGUGCGGCCCGGCCUGCCCUCCCCGGUGAUGGAGCCCAGUCGCAAGAGACCUGCCCCCUCCCAGCAGGUCCAGCAGCAGCAGCAGCAGCAACAGCAGCAGCAGCAGCAGCAGGCCGUCCAGAACCGGGCCAGAAAGAAGCCAGUCGGAUUCCCCGGAGCCAAUGAGAUGCCGGCGAGGCAGAUGGACAUGAGAGAGCCCCAAUCAGAUCCCACGCUCGGAUCAAAUGCUAAGAGAAGGAAAAUGGCAGACAAGAUUCUUCCGCAAAGGAUCCGUGAGCUGGUACCUGAGUCUCAGGCCUACAUGGAUCUGCUGGCGUUUGAGCGCAAACUGGACCAGACCAUCAUGCGCAAACGUGUGGACAUCCAGGAAGCAUUGAAGAGACCAAUGAAGCAGCAGAAGCGUAAACUGAGGCUUUACAUAUCAAACACCUUCAACCCUGCCAGACCCGAUGCAGAUGACUCAGACGGCAGCAUUGCAUCGUGGGAGCUGCGAGUAGAGGGGAAGUUGCUGGAUGACCCGGGGAAGCAGAAGAAGAAGUUCUCUUCAUUUUUUAAGAGCCUGGUGAUCGAGCUGGACAAAGACCUCUACGGUCCUGACAACCACCUGGUUGAGUCAACACGUGGUGCUCUGCUCUUUCAGUGGCACCGCACGCCCACCACUCAGGAGACGGACGGCUUCCAGGUGAAAAGGCCGGGAGACGUAAGCGUGCGCUGCACUCUGCUGCUGAUGCUGGACUACCAGCCUCCCCAGUUUAAGCUGGACCCUCGCCUGGCUCGCCUGCUUGGCAUUCACACUCAGACUCGCUCCUGCAUCAUCCAGGCCCUCUGGCAGUACGUCAAGACCAACAAGCUGCAGGACUCCCAUGACAAGGAGUACAUCAACUGUGACAAGUACUUCCAACAGAUCUUUGACUGUCCUCGGCUGAAGUUCUCUGAGAUCCCUCAGCGUCUCACCAACCUCCUCUUACCCCCCGACCCCAUCGUCAUCAACCAUGUCAUCAGCGUGGAUCCCAACGACCAGAAGAAAACGGCCUGCUACGACAUCGACGUGGAGGUGGAAGACCCCCUGAAGGGUCAGAUGAGCAGCUUCCUCCUCUCCACCGCCAACCAGCAGGAGAUUGCCUCGCUCGACAACAAGAUCCAUGAGACCAUCGAGUCCAUCAACCAGCUGAAGAUCCAGAGGGACUUCAUGCUCAGUUUCUCCAGAGAUCCCAAGGGCUACAUCCAGGACUGGCUCAAAUCCCAGAGCCGAGACCUUAAGUUAAUGACAGACGUGGUGGGGAACCCUGAGGAGGAGAGGAGGGCGGCGUUUUACCAUGAGCCCUGGUCCCAGGAGGCUGUCAGCCGCUAUUUCUACUGCAAGAUCCAGCAGAGGAGACAGGAGCUGGAACAGGCCUUAGCUGUCCGCAACACCUAAACCAAGGCCCUCCUGAAUCCCUGCAUCUGAUAUCAGAGCUGUGUGUGUGUAUGUUUGGAUGUGUGUGAGGCCAUCGCUGUAGUCUGGUGAAACCUUACACCUCUAGAAAUGUAAGUAACUAAAACAAACAAACAAAAAAAAACAUCCUUUGCUUUCGUGAUGAAAGAAAAUGCAAUUUCUUUCCAAAGAUUUGAAAUGAAAAGGGAAUCUAGAGGAGGAGGUUUUCACACGACAGCAGCGAUGUGGACGUGUGGAAGCCCAGAUCCCGAUGCACAGACGCGUCCACUGCAUAUUUGUUCCCGUAUUGUGCAGGACUGUGAGGACAUCAUCAUUAACCGCAUGUAUUCGGCUGCACCCUCAGAGGUCAAGCCCCUCAGACCGCAAGCAUCCUCAGACUCACUGCCUAAUAAACAAAAACCUCCCCCAUCAUUGCUCCUCUCUGCUUCUGUAAAUACGUCGCAAUCAUGUCAAGACAGACUCUGAACCGGCUGCUCACACACCACUGUGUUUUCGGAUUCUCAUCUUGAAAGAGUUUGCUGCUGCGUCCGACAUGAUGUAACCUGGUGUCACAGUCAAUCCUUACGGCGCUCUGGAUAAGUCUUCGUAUUUUAUGUGUUCCAACUCUUUCUGUUUGAUUGUGAGUGUGACUCUGUGUGUUUUUUUGUUUGUUCUCAUUAGGAGAGUGUUUUUUUUUUUUUUUUUUAAAGACUGAUUAAUUACACCAGCAAAGUGAAGAUUACAGUGUGACACAUUGGGUUGCAGGGAAUCAGUUCUAUCUAUAAACCUGAGGUGUGGAUUUUAUUCAUUUUCAGGUUGGAGUGAAUCAAUUGGAAAACCUCCAGUGUGUCUCAUUUUAGUCGCAUUCGCCAGUAAACAGACUUCUUUUUACAGUAAUUCCGACAACAGUAUUAGGUAACUUAAGUAUUAUCACCAAGAGAAUAGUGUUUUAAUGAAGGAGAAGCAAAGUAUUGAUCAUCAACAUAAUUUCUUCCCUUAAAGGGACAGUUUGGAUUUUUUGAAGAGGAGCUGUAUGAGGUACUUAUCCAUAGUUGGUGUAUUACUUACAGUAGAUGGUGGUCAGUAUGCCCCCAGUUUGGAGAAGCAGACAGGCAUACCGCCACCACAGAAACUCAGCAAUGUACUGCUGUGAAUAAAAAAAAGACAACAUAAAGAAAUCAAUAUCAGUCCAAGUGGACAGUAUAUUCAUAAUAUUCUAUACCGCAUUACCUUGCCGUUAGACAGCCCUUUCCUUUGGCACUACAUUUCUCAACCGGAUAACAUAUAUUCCUACGCAAAAGUCCAACUGCGCCGUGCACUGUAUUAUGCCUCAGGUUAGGUUUUGGGGGUGAGAAAAGGCUGUUCUCGAUCCAACUGAAAUGACACUUUGCUAAAGAUGUUUAAGAUGGUGCACGCUUAAAACAGAGAAAUAAAAACAGUUUUGGCUAAUGGCAAAGCAAAUUGCUAGUUAAAAUUAUGCUAAAUAGCUACAAGUAAUUGAAACGACUUACCAAACAAGAAGUCAAGUGUGAAGCGCUGGCAUCUGGUGGUUCAGAAAGAACCUGACGUCGUGUUGGAACCAAGUCCCACUCAUGGCAGCAGCAGCUCUCUGGGUCCAAAAGCAUGCAUUUAGCGUUUUGAUAGUUAGCGUGUGCUCUUUCUUUACCUCCAGUUUCCACAGAAGUUUCCCCUUUUACUCUGUUUUCCGGCCCGUUCAGUCCCUAGCCAUAGAAGUUGUUCUUCUCUACACUCUUUCACAAAGGUAUCCCUUUGUCUCCACAGUGAACAGCGUUUCAUCGUAGCUCUCAAUUACAGAUUUUUAAAAUUUUCUUGUAUUUGUUAUCUCUUUAAACCUGAUGGACAAUACAGUGGCCAUGCUUAUAUGUAGAAAUACACAAGUUAAAUGGUUGAAAAAAUGCAGAGCCAAAGGAAAGGGCUGCCUGACAAUAUGGUGUCCACUUUGACUAACGCUGACAUUUUUUAGAUAGGCCUUUUUAAAGUGGCUAAAGUACAUUUAGCCUACAAAAACCAUCCACAGCAGUACAUCACUGAGCUUCUGUGGCAGUACUUCUGCCUGCUUCUCCAAACUGGGGGCGUGCUGACUGCCAUUUACUGUAUGUAAUGCACUGACAAUGGAUAAGUGCCUCAUAGAACCCCACUUCAGAAAAUCAGAACUGUCCCUUUAAUCAUAGCAAAAUGACAAAUAUGCCUCUACAUGUUGGGACUUGUCGACUGAUUUGUUUUGUCACUCACUGCCUCUUCCUUGUGUAGUAUUCUGCCAGUCAAUGUGCUGAAGGUGUUACCAAAGGUUGCAACAAGAAGAAGAGAAACACGAUCACUGAAAUAGAAGUGGGCAAAAAAAAUCCUCACCUGGGUUUAACAGAAAUUGCAAAAACAUAUCCUUGUAAGGCGGUUGUGACAAAUCUGAGCAAUUUGAAAGGGGCUUAGUCCUGGAUGUUUGCCUUUUGUAGCCAAUUAGGCCUCAGGUCUCUAUAAACAAAGCCUGAAACUGUUAUUGCAGCGAGCACUUGAGCCCAGGUCUGGAGGUUUUUGUCCAUUUCUACACUUUUUAUGUUACAUGAAGAAGAAGAAAAAAAGUUUUUCUUUUCUAGAGAUGUGAAUGUAAAUAUGUUUUCCCUGAAGAGGGCCAACUGUACAGUAUACGACAGACUAUUUGUGUGUGUUUGUUUUGGGGAGGGGGGGUGUGAGUUACAUGGUGCAUUAUGGGAGCUCCAUGAGUUUUGAAUUAGUAGGGCAGGAAUGUUAGUGUUCCUCUGUGUACUAUCUUGGGUCGGGGUGGUUUAUUUUAGGUCCAUCCCGUUACUAUCAUGGGAGCUGGAAGCUGCAACAAAGAAAGACCUCCCUCGCUUUGAAUCUCAGUAGCUGUUACCACACGAUAUAAUCUGCACCGAUCUCCUUUUACACUUUUUUUUAAUGACACUUGACUUGUAUGUAUAUGUUGUAAUGUCAGAUGGAGGAUUUUUUUGUGUCAGCAGUCUGAGCUGGAACCUUUUUCUGGGUUUCUUUGCACUGUGCUGUAGUUCUGUUGUCGGGACUCGUCAUCACGGGUGAGACCUUUAUUAUCCCAGCAUACACAAAAAGUGAUUGGAUGAUUUCACGAUGACCUAUGCAUGCUCCAUGGACAUUAAUUACUACAUCUGAUGAGAUAGUGUGUGUAAAUAUAAAAAGAUGGCAUAGCAGUCUAUGUGACGAGCAAAAGACUUUUGUUGAAAUGCCUUCUGGAAACUUUUUUGCCAAAAAUGAUAUGCCCUACCAGCAACUAACUGUAGGUGUGAUUUUUUCUGAACUGUGUUUUUGUUACUAGGACUAAGUUAUAUUAACUGCACUCGUUAGAGGAGAAACAGUAGUCAAUGGUAGUAUCUUAGUCCUGCGUCUGACCAGGAUUGAUUUGUCUUUGUAUGGCCAGGGCAUUCACAUUGUUGUCAUACAGUCACUAAUUCACUUGCACCCUCUUGUGGAGGAAACGAGAAGCUGCAACUCCUGGGUGACCUCAGCUCCGAGCGCCACAGCAUCAGAAUAUCUGACGGAAAUGUUAACAAGACUACUGCGUCUCCUGUUGCUACACCCUGACAUACUAUCGACAUGUUUGUCUCACUCCCUGCAUGUGUUUGUGAAGAGUGGGAAGUGCUCUUUCUCUCUGUUUACACUGUUGUCAGAGCGUCACCAACAGGGAGAUGAUAGUAUACAUAAUAACACUGUAUAUCUGUAAAGAGCAAACUCGUUUGGUGAUUACAUUCAACUGAAAAAAAAAGAAAAAAGGGAAAACAGCUGUGACAUUGCGAGACAGCCUGGAUGUAAAUAAAGAAGCGCUUGCCAAAGUUUGUAAAUGCCA